GCGUCUUCUGACGCACACGAAGAAGACGAGUUGCUGUUAGUGGAGAAAUGGCGUCUAUGGGCGGAAUGUUUCCUGGUCAGCAGCCUCCUGGACCUCAUGCACCUACAGGUCCCGGCGGUCCAGGUCAGCCAGGGCUCCUCACAGGUCCUCCCGGUAAUAGAGGGACAAAUAACACAUUAGUAGAUGAACUGGAAGCUUCUUUCGAGGCGUGUUUUGCAUCUCUUGUCAGUCAAGAUUAUGUGAACGGAACAGACCAGGAAGAAAUUAGGACUGGGGUUGAUCAGUGUAUACAGAAGUUUCUGGAUGUAGCCAGACAGACUGAAUGUUUCUUCCUUCAGAAAAGACUGCAGCUGUCUGUACAGAAACCAGAACAGGUGGAAAAAGAGGAUGCAUCAGAACUGAAGAAUGAACUCCAAAGGAAGGAGAUGUUGAUUCAGAAACAUCUUACCAAGAUCCAUCAUUGGCAGCAGGUGUUGGAGGACAUCAACGUCCAGCACAAGAAGCCCACAGAACUGCCACAGGGUCCACUGGCCUUCCUGGAACAGGCCUCAGCCAACCUCCCUGCUCCCAUGAAACCAAACUGAAGCAUGUACAGAGAUCCAGAACACUAUUCAGACUGUGUUCCAGGGGCCACUCUCUCUCUCUCUGCCCAGCAAACUGUACAAUAAGCCUUUGUUGUGGACUCUUGUCAGUGAUGAUUUUGUAAUGUACAUCCACGAUGUGCUUCAAGAGGUGCUAAAAGACGUUACUUCCACUUCUCUCUCAUUAGGAACUUGUAGGUCUGCCAGAAGGAGGUCAUUUUGAAGAACUUGAGGGUCUUUGACAAUUAGUCAUAAGCAUACUUAAAACUCAUUUUGUUAGGUAGGAAAUGUGAUGACAAAUUAAUCACAUUUUUCACAUUUCAAGUAUAGAUGUUCAUAGAGCUACAGUGACCAGAAAGGGCUUCAGUUAGAGAGAAUUAAGUGGAAUAAAAAAAGAUUUUUUUUCCACAUUAUUCAUAUUUUAUUAAAACACCUUUU